UUCCCGACAGAUGCUUAAGACACGAAAAGAGACAGACUCUUCUUCCUUCCUCCUAACACAAUCUCUGUAUUAUUGAGAAGAAAUGGCAUCUGAACAGAUCAUUCGUGGAAUCUACGGACAGUACAUGGGCUACGAUGGCGACGACGACGAGCCGCGCGCUGCUGCGACGCCUGCUGUCUAUUUCGCUGGUGACGUCCGCGAGUUCAGCUCCUGCAACGCGAGCCGGAGGACGUCACGCCUCUCGCUCGAGUCGGAAGGGGAUGACGCUGAUGCUGAGGCGUCGGAGGAGGAGGACGUGCCGAAAGGCGGGGGAGGGGGCGCGCUUCUGGAGGGGUCGGACAAGGAUUCGUCGUUGGGCGUGGGGGUGGCGUCGAUGCCCGGCACGCCCGCCCGAGGUCCGGCGGGCGGACCGGACUGGCUCAAGGAGUACGCGAGCGAGACGGAGGCCCGCGGUGGCGGUGGAGGUGGAGGCGUGCGACGGCGGCGGCACCGCCGUCGGCAGCGGCGGACGAGGGAGCGGUGGCUGGAGCGGGCGUGGCAGAUGAAGAAGAGCCACGCGGAGGACGGGCCGGAGGCGGCGUCGGGGGAGUGCCGGCUGGUGGUCCGGCCCCGGUGUGGGUCCGGGCGGAUGUGCAUGGACAUGGAGGAGGUCAGAGCGUGCCGGGACCUCGGCCUGGACCUGCCGGCGGAUUGGACGGUCGAGAUCCCGGGGACGCUCUCCGAUCUGACGGCCGACACCAGCAGCGGCGGCAACUCCCCCAUCCACUGGAGGAUCUCCAGCCCAGGUGAUGACCCCAGGGAUGUGAAGGCGAAGCUGAAGGUGUGGGCGCAAGCAGUGGCGCUCACAUCUGCCUCUCGUCUCAAUGGCUGAACUAGCUGUCAUCGUUCAUGCUGCAUACCACCAUGGUUGCUCAGUUAAGCUCCUUCGCUUCUCCGUACACAUUGUGUGGUCAUUGAAAGAUUGUUCAAGCAGUUGGUGGUCUCCAAAACUUCAGAAGCUCAUCCGAAACUACAGCACCGAGUAAAACUAAAACUAGAAUAGACUUGAUGGGAGAGAAAGAGUGGAGUAUUUCUCAUGUAUCCUCUUGUGCAAGCUCCAUAGACUGUUCUGGUCACAUACUUCUGCUGUACCAGUCAGUGGAGAUCCAUCCAUUCUCCAUGCAAGAAAUCACUUGAAAGCGAUCAAAGAAAGGGAGACAUCUUGAAGAGUCAUAUUGCUAAUACCAUCAAAAUCUUGCUUCCAUGUUUUGCCAAGAGAGUCCCAGUUUCAAAAUAAGCUAUUGCAUCAGACUUGUUUUUUGUGAGCUUUGGUAUAAUGAUAAGAUUGUGCUCCUCUUUCACCAUA